AUGCAUCGCUCCUCAAGUCACAGUAACAGCAGCGCUUUCAGUCCCAACGCCAACCCUAACGAGGACUGGACCAAGAUCUCCGAUCUUGCAGAGCGCAGGCGCAUUCAAAACCGUAUUGCGCAACGAAACUAUCGCAAGAAGCUGAAGCGACGAUUGGAAGAUCUAGAGCGCCGCGCAGCAUCUUCUGCUUCACCAGAAGCCUCACACGCUGAGCCAGUGGCCCCUCCCAAAGCUACGCCUAACAAGUCUCGCUCCAAACAAUCACGAGCCAGCAAAGCCACCGACAAGACGCACACAGUACACGCACCAGCACCCGAGCGCCCAGCCUCGUACGAAUAUUACACAAACACACAAGAUGAGCGUGGUAUGUUCGGACAACAAUGUACUCGCCAACUAUCCGCCUCGCCGCCCCCAGUCUUCUCAUACCCACCGCUCCCAUCCUACGAUACCUAUCGACCUAGCUACGGGCAAAUGCCAGUCUAUCACACCGUCCCAAGCUCCUACAGCGAGAUCUCAUUCGCCGAGUACGGCGAACCAGUCCCUAGCGUGGUGCCGAUGGUGGGCGCCCCGGGAAUAGGCCGCAAGCCAUACGACGAGGACAUGAUGAGUCCGUUCAGCAUGAGCUACGCAACGAUGGCAGGCAUCGACCUAGUGCCACAACAGCACGCAGAACAAAGCCUUCCGGUACAUUUCCCUCGCUAG